UAUUGUUUAAUGGUCUGUCAUCACAGCUGUUCAACAUUAUCCACAAUCUGAUAAAGCUCGGACGAACUUUGUUCAUUCAGAACAUGUUAGCAACGCAAACGAAACGGAACGCAUAUUGUUUUUAAAAAUGGCGGCGGCACUUGUUAGUUCGUCUCGUCAGGUGGGGAGGCUAACAAAGGCUGCAAGCAGGUUGUAUUCGGAUGCUUACCCUAAAAUAACGACUCAUUACACCAUACACCCAAGAGAUAAGGAUCCAAGAUGGAAAGACAUCAGCAUGGAACGAGUAGCGGAGGAGACAGACAUCCUUAUCAUUGGUGGAGGACCAGCGGGCAUGAGUGCUGCCAUCAGAGCUCGCCAGAUCGCAGAGGAAAAGGGAGCUGAAGUACGAGUAACUCUACUAGAGAAGGCAGCUGAAGUUGGAGGCCACAUUCUGUCCGGUGCCUGCGUGGACCCCAUAGCUCUGAACGAGCUGAUCCCCGACUGGAAGGAGAAGGGAGCACCUAUGAACACUCCAGUUACAGCAGACAAGUUUGGUCUGCUGACUGCUACUGGGAGAAUUCCUCUGCCAGCAUUUAAAGGAUUACCGAACUACAAUCACGGCAACUAUGUGGUUCGUUUGGGACAUCUUGUGCGGUGGUUGUCAGAACAAGCCGAAGCUGCUGGCGCUGAGAUCUGGCCAGGAUGCGCGGGCGCAGACCUAAUAUACCGCGACGACGGAUCCCUAAAGGGCGUCGCGACUGGCGACGUCGGCAUCGCGAAGGACGGCAGCCCUAAGGACAUGUUCGAACGAGGCAUGGAGUUCCACUCUAAAAUUACUAUCUUUACUGAAGGUUGCCACGGUCAUCUAACCAAAAUGGUAUCAAAGAAAUACAACUUGAGAGAAAAAAGCGAGCCUCAGUCAUAUGGUAUCGGACUAAAGGAGUUGUGGGAAGUAAAACCUGAGAACCACAAACCCGGUCUAGUAGAACACACAAUAGGCUGGCCUCUAGACAAGAACACGUAUGGAGGCUCGUUCAUCUACCAUCUGAAUGUAGCCGAGGGCGAAGCACCCCUAGUAGCCGCGGGCUUCGUAGUAGGCCUGGACUAUAGCAACCCUUACCUCAGUCCCUUCAGAGAGUUCCAGAAGUUCAAGACUCAUCCGUAUGUUAGGCCUAUGUUUGAAGGUGGUUCCCGCAUAGCGUACGGCGCCCGGGCGCUGGUGGAGGGCGGCUGGCAGUGCCUGCCGCGGCCGGUGUUCCCGGGCGGCGUGCUGGCGGGCGACACGGCCGGCUUCCUCAACGUGCCCAGGAUCAAGGGCACGCAUAAUGCUAUGAAGAGCGGUAUGUUAGCGGCGGAAGCUGCGAUGGACCUCAUUAUAUCGGGAGAGGCGACACAUGAGAAAGGAGUCGUGCCCACUCAGUACGAGGACAAACUUAAGGAAUCAUUUGUUUAUAAAGAACUUAAGCAAGUCCGCAACUGCAGGCCGUCGUUCCACACGUCGCUAGGUCUAUACGGCGGCGUCAUCUACUCCGGCUUCAGCACCUUCACCCGCGGCAUGGAACCCUGGACCUUCAGCCAUGGAGGUGCUGACCACGCUCGAUUGAAGCCAGCGAAGGAGUGUCAGCCCAUCGAGUACCCCAAGCCUGACGGCGUCAUCACCUUCGAUCUGCUGUCCUCCGUCGCACUCACUGGCACGAACCACGAGGCAGAUCAGCCAGCGCACUUAACAUUAAAAGACGACUCGGUGCCCGUCAAACAAAACUUGGGUGUCUAUGAUGGACCCGAGGCCAGGUUCUGUCCAGCAGGUGUAUACGAAUUUGUGCCCAUGGAAAGCGGUGACGGACAACGUUUGCAAAUCAACGCACAGAACUGCAUACAUUGUAAAACAUGCGACAUUAAGGACCCAUCACAAAACAUCAACUGGGUGGUCCCUGAGGGCGGCGGUGGUCCCGCCUACAACGGAAUGUAAACAUUGAAACACUGCCUACAACAGACAAAACUAUUACCCAAAUAAACCUGAUUAUUUUACUGUUAUUAGACGGUAUAAACCAAGAUAAAAUCUAUUUUAUUUAAAAUCUUUUACAAAAAAUAUAAAAUUGUCUUAAAUAAUAUUUCUAAAACCUUAUAAGUUAGCCAAAUACUAUGCUGAAAACCACAUUAAAAUCGGGACAGUUAAACGUCAGAUAAUCGCGCACAAACAUUUACACUCACAUAUAGGUCAAACUAAGUACCUCUUCUUUCAGAAGUCGGUUAAAAAGUAAUAUAAGAUUAUACAAUAAUAACAAAUUAAGAUUGGCUAAUAUGUUCACUCAAUAUUUUCUUCUUAAAAAUACGUAACUCAAAGGUUUCUAAGGAUAUACCAAAUAGAAUAUUUAAAGUUAUUUCAGUAGGUUAUAUAAAGUUAACUUUAAACUAAAGCAAGUUUCUUGGUAUAUAUUGGUCUGUAUAAAUAAUCAGGUGUAGAUAUAUUCUGUGUGAGUGUAUAGAAGGGAAGUAUAAACGUUUUUAGUAUAUUUAAGUCUGUAUUAGAUUAAUAAUCAUGUAAAAAAUCAUUUGACUAUACAAAUCCUUAUGUAUUUGUUAUAUAAUAUUAUAAUGACGAUUUUAGACACUUGUAUAAAGAUAACUGAUAAAAAACAAUGUUAACCAAAUCUAAAGAAUAUUUGUACUUUUGCUAGUGUUUAAAAGAUGCGCAAAAAAUGCAAUUGCGCAAAAUUGCGCUACAUUCGGUAAUGUCUCUCGUUGUUGCGCAACUUUUGCGCAAUUGUUAUAAAAUAUAGUGUUUAAAAACCAAAAUCAUUUCAUCGUCUAUUGUGAUUACAUAAGAAAAUCGCAUAAUUUUUGAUGUGACUCAUCCUGUAUUGAAAAUAAAACAAAGACAAUUCUGUCUUCUAACGAUAUCUUCCAAACUGCCUCAUUACGCCUAACUUGGUCAAAUGCUCGACAGUACUAUUUCAAUUAAACUAAUUGUACAAUAUAUUUAUGAAAUGUAAAUAUUUUUGUAACUGUUUUACGAAUCUGUAAAUAUAUUUAACCUUUUUUUAGACUGAAGAAAAUAGUGCUGCUAUAACGACUUUAUAAGACGACGACUAAAUAAAAAUGAUUCUUAUAAUGACUCAGAAUUUGUAAAACCUCUUAUAAAUAUUAAAAAUAUUGUUUAUUUGCCUUUUGCAACCAUUUUGUGGUUUAACCUCAGUACAAAUAUGGUGCGGUAUGAAUCUUUAUCUGCUUGAAUAAGAGUGUCUGAGCAAUUCCCAAUUAGUUUAUAAGUGUUAAUUUUACAUGGAGAAUCAAAUAAAUUAUAUUUUAAAUAUA